AUGGGCGUCUUAGUACGCGAGGAUGGACACUUCCGGAGCUGGCUGGCCGCUCUUUUAUGCUGCUGUGCAGCUGUGAACGAAGAUGAACAUCCCCUUGAGAAAAAGAACAUCUCAAAACCUACCACCGCCCGAAACGCAAUAUGGAACGAGCAGCCAACGCCAUUGCAACCCAUGGGCAAUCACCCAACGGCCGUCGCGAUAUCUCAUAAAGGCAUCGAUACUGCCUUCAACGAGAAUGACCGUGUUCGACCCAUCGCUGAGCGGGCACCAUCAAUCCACACUCUGGACUUUGGAGAGGCAUCGUUGGUCGGCAAGAUGUCACUACACUCGCGUAAAAAGAGCUCUACCACUCUGCUGAGUCGGAUGAGCAUUGGUCGACCGACUGACUUCCGACGCAUGGACUACACAGAGAAGCAACGACGUUCGCUUGUGCCACUUCAACUGGCCCCAGUAUCUCUGCGAGACAGCAUGCCAGAAGGGUUGGACACCAUGGCACCACAUGGCGAUGCAUCGCUAUCUCUCGAGGCCCUGGUCGAGACUCCCACUCGUAGUUCCUACCGUGCGUCUCGAGGCUCGCCUUACCUCAGGUGUCAACAGCUUAGCUCGGCUGCUCUGUCAUCAACUCCAACGAUUGCGGUUUCGGAAGAAGGUCCAGCCAUAGUGGAGUCUGUUACCGUGCCUCAACUUGCACGGCCUGUGCUCUCUACCCAGUCCUCGUCAAGCUCGAUUCGAUCGCUCAGACGUCAAGCUCUUGAGAGCAGAGGUUCCAACACUUCAGCGUUGCCUCGGCCGUCGUCCGAAAUGAUCCGAUUGACGCGAAAGCGUUCCAGCCAGAAGAACUCUGCAGACAGUGCCGACCUUGAUAAGGAGAUCCUAGAGCUGAACACGAUCAUCGAAGAGCGUCGAGCGGAAGCUGGUCGGUCUCAUAGCCCUGCGAAUGCUCACGUGUCCGCAGUCGCUCCUAUGAUGCAGAUCCGGGCUCGUUCAACCACGCUGACAGACAUCGGGUCUGCAUUCUCUCGCCCACUAAUAUCUGUUUCGACGACAAUGGAGUCGAACGAUCAUCCCAGCCAUGCGCUAGCCGAGACAAUAUCACCAGUGGUGCCAGUCAAGUCUAGGUUGUCGCAACCAUUCAUGUCGAUGCCGGAUCCAGCCGUUGUUGAGGAGAAGCCCACACGACAAAUUCGUCGACCAAGCAGCAGGAUGACCGGGUGGAUAUCCAGCCUUCUGUCAUCGUCUGGCCACAACAUCAAGGCCUCUAAUGACGCAGAAGAGCCCUUCUACUCCUGCGGUCCACCAGUACGACAGCGCGGCGUUUCAGAAGCUUCGCAAUGUACUACUGUGACCGAACUGGACUCACCAGUCCUCACUGCUGCAUCGUCACCCACACUUAAGGGACACUCACGAUCUUACACGGGUGACUCAAGAAUCACACCCAUCAGCCCUGCGUCGACUGUGGACGAGAAGAUGGAGGCGGAUCUGAAAACUAAAUCCGGCGAACAAUGGCCGGUAAUCAUGGAACACCCAAACGAAGUUGGCCUGGCACUUUGA